UAUUCUGAAGUCUCCAGAAGCUGGCACGUUUAAAUGUUCAUGGCCCGUGAGAAAGGCGUGUAAGAGACCAUGGCGCUCCCUUUUCAGAAAGAGCUGGAGAAAUACAAGAACAUUGAUGAAGAUGAGCUUCUUGGCAAACUCUCAGAAGAGGAACUAAAACAGUUGGAAAAUGUCCUUGACGACCUAGAUCCUGAGAGCGCACUGCUGCCAGCUGGAUUUCGACAGAGAGACCAGACCCAGAAAGCAGCCACCGGCCCGUUUGACCGUGAGCACCUCCUCAUGUACCUGGAGAAGGAGGCUCUGGAACAGAAAGACAGGGAGGACUUUGUGCCCUUCACCGGGGAAAAGAAAGGGAGAGUCUUUAUCCCCAAAGAAAAGCCCAUAGAAACUCAUAAAGAAGAAAAAGUGACCCUUGACCCAGAACUGGAAGAAGCUUUGGCUGGCGCCUCUGACACUGAACUCUACGAUCUUGCAGCUGUUCUUGGGGUACACAAUUUGCUCAACAAUCCCAAAUUUGAUGAAGAAACGACCAGCACAAAAGGAGGCAAAGGGCCUGUGAGAAAUGUGGUCAAAGGUGAAAAAGUCAAGCCAGUGUUUGAGGAACCUCCCAAUCCCACAAAUGUGGAAGUAAGUCUGCAGCAGAUGAAAGCCAAUGAUCCCGGCCUGCAAGAGGUCAACCUCAACAACAUAAAGAACAUUCCAAUUCCAACCCUGAAGGAAUUUGCAAAGGCUCUGGAGACCAAUACCCACGUGAAAAAGUUCAGCCUGGCCGCAACCCGCAGCAAUGACCCUGUGGCGAUUGCUUUUGCAGAUAUGCUAAAAGUAAACAAGACCUUGAAAAGUCUAAACAUAGAAUCCAAUUUUAUCACUGGUGCUGGGAUCCUGGCCCUUGUAGAGGCACUAAAAGAAAAUGACACCCUGACAGAGAUCAAGAUCGACAACCAGAGACAGCAGUUGGGUACAGCCGUAGAGAUGGAAAUUGCCCAGAUGCUCGAGGAGAAUUCAAGGAUCCUCAAGUUUGGAUAUCAGUUUACCAAGCAAGGGCCACGAACAAGAGUGGCAGCUGCAAUCACAAAGAAUAAUGACCUGGUUCGUAAGAAGCGAGUUGAAGGAGACCGAAGGUAAACUUCCACGAGAAGAGGCGAGGUUUCACCACGGCGGUGAUUUGAAAACAAAAGUUUUUCUCCUUCUCCGUUGGGACCAUUUUAUCAAAGGUUGUUCAUUUCCGUUAACCACGCAACUCAUCAUUUAACUGUUUUUCUUUUUUAGCAUGACUUACUUGUCUUGAAAUUUUCAACAUCUAUUAUUGUAUUGCUGGCUCCUGGGCACCUCUGGCACCCUGGACCCGUGGACCGGUGCAGAUCUGGGUGGGUGGCAACAGUCGAAAGCGAUUUAACCACUUUCAUAUUAGGUUGUCUUGCUUUCUUACAUGGACUUUUUUUUUAUUUAACCAUUGAAGGAACUUAGUAUACAAAUGUGUUUGUAACUGUGAUUAUGAUAGAGGCCUUUCUCUGUUUACAUGCAUAAUUUUGAGUAAGGCUAAAUAUAUCAGAACACUUCUGACCCCGUGGAAGUUAGUAUUGCCAAUCUUUCCCUGGGUGAGAAAAUGCGACCAGCUUAGCACAAAUUCUCCCUUACGUUCCAGAAAAAUCACUAAAUGCACAUGCCCCACUGAUUGAAGAUCAGCGGUAUUCUCUUCAUAUGAAACAAGAGAGCAUUAUGAUGCAUUAACACAGCUUUAGCAAAUAAGUGCGAAAUAUUUAUUAACCCACAAAUACAGCUUCAAGCCAGACUCACAGGUAGCAGAAUGAAUUAGCACAGCUACCUUUACUGAUUAUUCCACAUAAAUCCGAUCUUGAAUGUCACUAUAUGGAUAACAGAAGCUGUUUUAAAGUUUUCCAGACAUGAUGGGACAUUUUUAAACUUUAGCAAGGGGGAAGCUUUUAAAAUAGUGCAUUCCAAAAUACAACAAUAGUAAUUGCACCUUAAGGUUGUCAGUUACACACGAUUACAUUGUCUUGGCGAAUUUUAGAAGCAUUUGUGGCUUUGUCUUUAGGGCAACAAGGUUACAGGAUGAAAUGUGAACAUUCAAAUUAAUCAUAUAGAUUUUGUCUACAUGGCAUGAUCCAUCGAGACAUUUGCAAACAUCAGAAAAAAAUGUGAAUUAUCCAGAUGUUUGUCAUCUCAAGGACAAAGCCUAUGAAAGUACAGCUGAGGUGAUCGCAUGGUAGAUGCAACAAUCUUUUCAUCUGGCAGCACAGCACUGUGAUGUUAAGGGAAGGGAACGUGUGUCUGCAGCCUCUGGCACCAGCUCAUGGGUCUUUGAUAACUGUCAGUGCCUGAGGCUGGACUCGGUGGCACUCUGACACUGCCUUAGGCACCUCUCCCUCCCUCCCCGCUGCUUUCCUUCCAACUCAUUCCCUUUUUUCUUCUUUUCUGUAUGAUUUUGAGCCUUGUAAAGGUGACAUCCCUUGUCCUAGUGAUACCUGGAGCUGAAGAAGUUGCUGAGUCAGGCAGAAGGAGGGCCCAGUGUAGAAUUUACUAAGUAAUUGAGUGUCCCUGAGUUGCUUGACAGCAGUAAAACAAGUAAAUGGGAAAACCAUUCAGAUAUCACUCUAGUUACUUUGUAGAGCACAUGGAAACUGUUUAGGGUAGAAAGCCUUUAUAAAAGUGGACAUUUACAUGUAUUAUAAGUGCCCGCCUCUCUCUCUCUAAAAUCCUUUGAAACAUGAGAAUAUUUUACGUUUUUUGAGAGAAUAUUGAGCAGAGCAUCUUGAAUUCUGGAAACUCUAAAAAUCCUUUCAUUAGUUUUCUACUACAUCUCCCUACCUAUAUAUAUUUUUUAAAGUAUUAACUCCUACUUGAUGGUUUUCAGUCUGGUUUCUUCUUCCCCUCUUACUCUUUUGGGUGUGGUGUGUUGGAGCCCACUCAUACAGGUUCCCCGUUAUUAAAUUAUCAAGAAUUUUGCAAACUAGUUGUUAAUAAGCACAGUCAUUAUUAAAAAUUAAAUGACAUGCACUUACAAUGAAAUAAAUUGUAGUAAAAAGCCAAACUAAUACUCAAAAGUACAUUUUACUAUUUAUAUACUCUUGAGAUGAUUCGCAACUCUUGUGCCUGGCAGAAAGACCAGAUAAUGGUGUGCUGAUGUGCAUCUCUGCCCGACUCAGUGGUUCUUCCCACCUCAAUUCAGUACUUCUUGUUGGUAGGUUGAAAUUGGUAGUGGUGGGAGUAUUUACACCAUGGAAAUCAGCAAAUAUUACAGAUCAUGGCUUCAAUGCUCCCUUUCCCCCCAGGUUGCUGGUUAAUAAACAUUCAUCAGCACAUUAUAUAAAUAUAUAGAAUGUAUACAGUUCUUGCUUGCUUUUUGUAGACGUGUUUUAUUUACCAUGUUGCCAAAGGGAAGAACACUUCUCUUAGUUGUCUUUCUCCUAUCCCCUUAGGUUUGUUGCAGAUGUAUUUAAGUGCUGAGUCCCUGACAUGCCCCACUAAGUAAGGCUUUUUCCUUUCUUUUCUCAUUUACUCUCUCUCUUGCCUUCACUCUGAAGAAAUCUUGGAUCCUACAGAGUGUUCCCUGCAGCCCCAAGGUGCUGUGGACCAGGAACUAAAGCAAUUGUUGCAGACCCUGGCAGAGAGCAAGGAAAAACAAAAACAAAAACA